AUGCUGCCAUUGAGGAAGCGGUUCUUCCAGCUGCCAGCUGCCGUGCGGACGAGUCUCUUCAGCACCGCCUCGAAGGUCACUAAUCCUGAGAUCUACGACGUUGUCUGCGUGGGAGGAGGGCCAGCGGGACUGUCACUCGCCUCAGCUCUGCGGUCCAACGCUUCAACGAAGGGGUUACGGAUUGCUCUGAUAGACUCGCAAGCAUUGAGUGGCGGGGGGCCUCAGAGUCAUGGCGAGGCGUACUCGAACAGAUGCUCAUCCCUGACGCCAGCAUCUGUCAAGUUUCUAAAGCAGUGCGGAGCCUGGGAGAAGGUCGAGAAGGGCAGGGCGCAGGACUACCAUGGAAUGGAGGUAUGGGAUGGCGUGAGUGGAAGCAAGAUCUCGUUCGACCCGCUGGAUGCCACAAGUGGCGGUGGUCUGCUGGACGCUGUCGGAGAACUGGUACCCGGAAACAGCUUCGCUGCGAGCAGGAGGAAGUAUGAUGUACCGGAUGCAAGCAAGGUCGCAACCAUGUGCGAGAAUCAGAAUCUCACGAGCGCGCUUCUGGAGCACCUAAACAGUCUUGGUGGCGUGGAAAUAUUCGACAAGACGACGGUCGAAUCAAUACAGCUCGGUUCGGAGCCGCACGACGAUCAGUCCCUCGAUCUCUCGCAGUGGCCGAUUGUUUCACUGCCCGACUCUCGCCAUCUUGCCGCCCGCCUGCUGAUCGGUGCAGAUGGCGCAAACAGCCCUGUGAGGAACUUCGCCGGCAUACCUUCCGAUGGUUGGGACUAUGGCCAGAACGGUGUCGUUGCUACACUACACAUGGACCAAGGUUUCAGCCCGGAGGAGCUUAGAACUGCUUACCAGCGAUUCCUGCCAUCGGGUCCAAUCGCACUGCUGCCAUUACCGGGAAACAAGGCCAGCCUCGUGUGGUCUAUCACCGCUUCUCUAGCCAAUAAGCUCAAGUCAUUGAGUCCACAAGACUUCGCCGCUAUGGUCAAUGUAGCCUUCCGCCUCGAGAUUGCCGACCUUGACUACUUCCUCAAGCAUUCAGAAACGAUCGACAUAGCCGAUGAGCUCUCCUGGCGACUACCGAAUACUCCAGCGUCCUCGACCGGUCUACCGUCGAGCCUUCCAGCUGUUGCCGCUGUCCAAGAAGGCUCGAUAGCCUCUUUCCCUCUCCGUAUGCGGCACGCCUCCACCUACACCGGCCAUCGCGUUGCCCUCAUUGGCGAUGCUGCUCACACCAUUCAUCCGCUUGCCGGCCAGGGCCUGAACCUAGGACUUGCGGACGCUCAAUCACUUGCUCAACGCAUCACCUACGGUAUGGGGCACGGCAUGGAUAUUGGUAGUGCUUGGUGCUUGGACGACUACAACAGCGAUCGCUGGGCGAAGAACAAUGCUGUGAUGGGCGUGUGCGACAAGCUGCAGAAGCUUUACUCUGCGACAAGGGAGCCAGAGGAGGCGCUCGUCACCGGCGCGAUGCCGGCCUUCCUCGAGGAAGCGCCGGCGGAGGGCCCAAUCAUCGAAGAGCUGGAGUACAGCAUCUUAAGGCAGAAGGUGGACUUGGACGUGGAUUUCGCGGGACGGUCACUGAAUGGCAGCACGGAGAUCACGAUUCAACCACUGGUUAAAGAACUGAAGACGCUGCGACUUCACUGCCGACAAUGCAAGCCUACUUCGAUACAGGUGGGCGGCAUUGCUGCGAAAUGGGAGCACGAAGACCCGUACAAGCGGUCGCGCAUGCCGGAGAUGUCGGAUGUGCGACAGCAUGACAUGUUGAAAGCCAGAGUCGAGACGUCUCUGCGACCCGCGCCUGCGCCAGAGCUCUCCGUCACGCUUCCAGCGAAGGUCAAGAUUCAAGAGCUGCAAGUAGAUGCUGCUGCAACUGCUGGUGGAAGUGAGACAGCACCCAACGCAGAAACAUCGCAUACUCAAAGUGCACAGCAAUCUGGACCUUCGUUCGCGCCGAUUAAGGUGCUCAUCGAGUUCGAGGUGGACAGCUUCCGAGACGGCAUCCACUGGAUCGGGCACGAAGAUGGCGACCGCAGAUAUCCGUACAUGUACUCCAAAGUCGAGCCUUGGGCAGGCAACUCCUCGUGCAUAUUUCCCUGCAUGGAUGACGCCACUUCGAGAUGUAGCUGGGACAUCUCUAUCCGGUGCGCAAAGACACUUGGUGAUGCUUUCAAGCGGACGGAGCCAAAUGUACCAAAUGGCCACCUUGACGAAGAUACCAACAUGGCAAACGGCGGUGAUGCACCAACCGCGAAGGCUGAACCAGAUGACAAGUACUUGAUCGAUCUAUCUGAGGACGAGGCUGCGAUGGACCUCGCCCUCGUCUGCGUCGGAGAAGCGGUAGACGACGUCGUCGAUUCAGAGGACGCAUCAAAGCGUACGGUCAGCUUUUCUCUCACGCAACCGGUCACGGCACGCCAUGUAGGCUUUGCAAUCGGGCCUUUCGAGCACGUCGAUCUAUCAUCCACACGAGAAUCUGAGCAGGAGGAGCGCCUAGGUCAGAGCGCGAUGAAAGUUCAUGGGUACUGCCUGCCGGGCAAGUCGAAAGACGUACAGAAUACUUGCUUUCCGAUGGCCCUUGCAAUGGACGACAUGGGUAUAAGAUACGGGUCGUUUCCAUUCAGCAGCUAUCAGAUGCUCUUCAUCGAUGACUUCAUAUACGAUACGGUCGCCGUGGCUGGACUCUCUUUCUGCAGCGCUCACCUUCUAUUUCCCAAGGAAGUCAUCAAGCCCAUGUACCACAACACCAAGGCCCUUGUCCGCGCAUUGGCGAAUCAGUGGAUGGGCGUCAACGUCAUUGCGAAGGAGGCGACAGACGAAUGGGUAGUUGCCGGUAUUGCCGGCUUCAUGACUGACGUCUACCUCCGAGAGCUGUGCGGGAACAACGAGUUCCGUUGGCAGCAGAAAGUAGCUUCCGACAAGGUCUACGAGCUGGAUGUGGACCGCCCUUCCAUCAGGAACCUUGGCGAGCUCUUGCAUUACGACCAGACUAUCCGGGACUUCAUCAACAUGAAGUCAGCGCUUGUCCUGUUCAUCCUCGAUCGCCGCCUUAUGAAAGCAAGUGGAUCAACUGGCGUGCAGCGCAUCAUCAACAAAGUCUUCCUCCAAGCAAAGACCGGCAGUCUAGUCGAUGGUGAAGUAUCCACGGCUGACUUCCAAAGGAUCUGCGAACGGCUUGGACACAACAAGUUGGAGUCGUUCUUCCGUCAAUGGGUCUUCGGUAGCGGAUGUCCCAUCUUCUACGUCACGCAGCGAUUCAAUAAGAAGAAGCUUGUGGUGGAAAUGACAAUCGUGCAGAAACAACUCGAGCGUAUCACCAAGCCUGCAUUUGAGCCGAGCAGCUUCAUGCGCGAGAUCAAGGAGCAUGUUGGUGAAGUCUGGGCACCAGAGACCAACCCAGUCUUCACGGGGCCAAUGACGAUACGCAUUCACGAGGCUGAUGGGACCCCAUACGAGCACAUCGUAGAGAUCAAAGAGGCCACUACCAGACUUGAGAUUCCUUACAACACAAAGUACAAGCGACUCAAGCGGUCGAGACGUCAGAAAGAACGGCAGGUGGCUGAAGGUGCCACUGGUGAAGGAGGCGACGAUGCACUGCUCUACUGCCUUGGCAAUAUCUUCGACUCCGAGGAAGAGAAGCGCGAGUGGAACCUUGUCGACUGGACCAAAGAGGACGAAGACAAGAUGGGUCAAGAGCACUACGAGUGGAUUCGUAUGGAUGCUGACUUCGAAUGGGUGGGAAAGAUCCAUCUCGUCAUGCCUCUGUACAUGUACAUCUCGCAGCUGCAGCAAGAUCGGGACAUUGUGGCGCAGUAUGAGAGCAUGCGGUAUCUUCUCGGAUCGAACCCGCACCACGUUAACUUGACCAUUCUCGUCCGCACGCUGAUGGAUGCGAAGUACUUCUGGGGCAUACGAGAGAUGGCAGCCGAAGGUCUGGCCAUCUGCGCGAAGGAUAGGCUGGUUGAUAUUGGCCAGUUCCACCUCAUGAAGGCUUUCCGCGAGAUGUUUUGCAUCGAGGGCACGAAUAUGCCUAAGUCCAACGACUUUUCAGAUCGUCGCAACUUCAUCUUGCAGUGCGCGAUCCCACGUGCGAUGGCCCAGCUGAGAGAUGGCGAAGGCAAGGUGCCGAUGGCCGUAAGGCGCUUCUUCAUCGAUCUGUUGAAGUUCAACGAUAAUUCCAACAACCAGACGGACGAUGGCGACUCAACGUACUCGGACAAUCACUACAUCGCCACUCUGAUGAAUUGCCUGGCAGAAUCCCUUGUCGCGUCGCAUCGCGAGAAGCAGUCUGCUUACAGCUUCGAUUUCGGCGAGGACGAGCCGAUGGAGGAUGAGCACAACCCAGAUGCAGAUUUUGAGCUGGUUGCCAUUGCUCAGAUCGAGCGUCACCGCCGCAUCGACGAGUGGGAGUCUAGCUACCAGAACGUCUACUCCGUCACUGCGCUCGAGUGUCUUCAGCGUCUUACAAAGGCUGGCAUCGUGAACGACAAGACUCCGGAGGUCAUGAAAUACGUACGGAGCGGCAACGCCGACAACGUACGUCUUGCGGCAUGGAGGUGUCUGUCCGAGAUUGGCGUGCUGCGCAAAAUGAAGGCCACGCGGUACAUGCUUCACUGCUUGUCUAAGGAUCAUUCGCCCAGGUUCCGGGACAGGCUUCUCGUCAUCUUCGGCGAGGCGCUUGGCCACAUUGCACUCGGUGAUCCAGAGCCUGAGAAGGUUGUUCCCCAAGCCGCAGCUGACGGCCUGGUACUGGAGCAGGAGACAAGCAAUGAGGCGAGAAAGUUGGCUGCCACAAGGAAGACUACGCCUGAGGGUGCUCUAGUUGCAUUGAAGAACUCGCUGCAAGGAGAGGAGGUCUUCGCUGAGUCGCUGUGGCAUGCAGCGACUUCUCCAGACCUGACGCUCGACGAUGUGGCUGCUCUUUGCGACGUCGCAGCUCUCGUGUUUGAGCCUGUGCAGUCGCUCACGCUUCGUCUGCAAUUACCCCGAAUGUGGCGCUGCACGAAUCUCGGCCAAGGCAAGCUCAAGUUCAGCGAGUACGGCCCGUACAGGCAGAAGCCCAGCACGCCCCUUGACCUGGAACAGUGGGAGAGGAUGCAGGAGUUGGGUCUGAAAUACACUGGUCCUGUUGCUCCCGCCGUCCAGAAGAAGCAACAACAGCAGACCACGGAUGCCGCUCUGAAGAUAAAGAUCGCACAGGCAGAGAAAGAUACUCAGACCGCCCAGGAUGGCAACAACAUGCCGCCGCCGCCUUCCAUCACGCCCUCGACAGAGAAGCAGAGCUUCCGCCUCAGCCUUGGUGGAGCGGCCAAACGCAAGCCUAGCAUGGACCAGGGUGGAAGAGCUGGCAGUCCAAAGGUGCAGAAGACCUCGAGGCAACAAUCUCCUGCUGGUCCGAUAGCUGCCACACCCAAGACUACUAAGGCCAGCCCAGCGCGCCGCCGGUCCUCAACUCCCAAAGCGUCCACCGGCAAGGGUAAGAAAAGCAAGAUCAUCAUCCUGCGGCUUGGUCACAGCUCUGCUGAAGCGCACGCUAUCCUCAACGCUCCUCCUCGGCCGGCAUCAGCAGGAACAAAACCACCAGGUCUGCAGCCAUCACCUUCCAAUACCCCGCAGCUACCUUCGGCCUUCCCUGGUGUGGUCUCACCUACGAACGGAGCGAACGGCGCGAACUAUCUCGGAGGUGGCAUUGCCUUCUCACCACCCUCGCAGGCCAUGAACCUGGGCAGCUUUAGGAGUUACGGCCCAGCGCCUGAAGCGUCGGAACCGGCUUCUGUUCUUGCAGCCUCGCCGGUGGAUGUGAAGCAGGAACAACCCAAGGCGGAGUCAUCCGACGAUGAUGAGGACGAGGUGCCGCUUGCGACGUUGGCUAGGAAUCAGCCCCAGCAAGUACCUGAGAUGAAGCAGCCGGCGAUGGCGCCGCCUUCAGCUCCGCCUGCGCCGAAGCAGAAGUUCAAGCUGAAGCUGGGUAAGAAGCCGAGUCAAGCAUCUCCCGAGUGA